CCGAGCCUCUCUGCUCCAACAGGAAGAGAACCUGUGAUGUGCACCUCUGCUCGGGGCCACCCCACAGCCUGUCCCCAUGUCACCCACUGAGAGUGCCUGACAGCCCCUGUGAGCCUGGCCUGCUCCUUUCCAUGUGCUGCAGGCACUGCACCAUUCCCUGCAGCCUGCUCCAGUCACUUUCCUGUCCAGUUCCCACUGGCUUCCUUAAAACAACCUGCAGUUUUGCCCUUGUACCAGCGGUCAUCCCAAGGCCGGAAUCUCUCCGUGCCCCCAGGAACGGAGAUGAGGUACCCAAGGAGGGAUGCUCAGUGAGGCAGGGAGCAAGGAGGAAAGGCUGAGGCAGAGAGCAGCUCCAGAGCAGGCGGCUGACCUCCACUGAGGCCUCCCUUGCAGAGCAGGUACCAGUGCCUGGCUUGCCCCCACAGGACUCCUCUUGUCCCACUGCAGGGUGAUGCUCUUCCUCCUGCCCCAGCAUCCCUCAGGACUUUGCCAUGCUAAAGCCUGCAGUCGUCAUCGACAACGGCAGCAGCUUCACCCGGGCAGGCUUUGCAGGCCAGAAGAAGCCCAAGUUUGUGCUAAGGACCACAUCCCUACACCCCUGCAGCGCAAGCACCACGGGGGAGGCCCAGCAGCACCACAGCACUGCUGAAAGCAUGGCAGGCCUCACCACGGCACCCAGGUCAUGCCCACUCAAGCAGGGCAUCAUUGAGGACUGGGACAGCAUGGAAAACCUAUGGAGCCACCUCUUCUUCUGCGGCCUGAGAGCUCCUCCAGAGGAGCAGGCAGUGCUCAUGGCUGACUCCCCAUCGUGCCCCACCACCAACAGGGAGAAGGCAGCAGAGGUGCUUUUCGAGCACUUUGGGGUGCCAGCCCUGCACGUGGCCAACACCGGGUUCCUGUCCCUCUGUGCCUACGGCAGGGUCACGGGCCUGGCUGUGGAGGCUGGGGCUGGAGUGUCCCACAUCACCCCCGUGUGCCUGGGGCAGAGCCAGCGGGGGGGCAUGUACCGCCUGGGGGUGGCCGGUGCCUUCCUCUCGGGCUACCUGCACAGCCUGCUGAUGGACAGCGCCAACGAGCCCGCGGCGCUGACGGCCUUGAAGAGGAAGACGGUGACCCAGAUGAAGAAGCAAUGCUGCUACGUGUCCACAGACUACGAAGGAGACCUCCAGAACCGAGGCUUCCAUCACCCAGCCAGGUUUCAUGCUCCUGGCGGGCACUGCAUAACCCUGCACAAGGAGCGGUUCUGCUGCCCGGAGCCGCUCUUCCAGCCGGAGCUGCUCCACCAAAGCUCCCCAGGGCUCCACUACUUGGCCUGGCAGAGCCUCCAGAAGGUACCUGAGCACACCAAGGGGGCCAUGGUGGGCAACAUCGUGCUGUCAGGGGGCUCCUCCAUGUUCCCAGGCUUUCCCGAGAGGAUGUGCUUAGAGCUGAACACCCUGCUCCAAGACACAGGCUGCCAGGUUCAGGUUCUGGCCAGCCCAGAGAGGGGCACAGCAGCCUGGGCAGGGGGCUCCAUAGCAGCAUCGCUCACAUCCUUCCAGCAGGCAUGGAUGGCAAAGGGCGAGUACGAGGAGCACGGUGCUGAGUACGUGCACAGGGUAUUCCAAUAG